AUGGCUGGAGGUAAUGCCGAGAAGGGUCAGGGCUACAUCGCGGCCUUGGACCAGGCGCGGAGCCACGGAAAAUGGGAUGAGCUCCCCGAAUUGAUUCGAAAGGUCACAAAGCACGCAUCGCAGAGGACUUGCCUGAUACAGACCGCAACGGCAGAAUCGCGUGUGAUUGCGUAUCUUCAACAAAAGUCCUCCGGCGACUCAUCCUCUUCCUCACCGAAUCUGGUCGAGCUGAUCCCCGCUCUAUUGAUGACAAUUGAGAAUAAUGACGGGUCCCCACAAGAAUUAUUGCAAGCGCAGGUGUGUCUAGGGUGGAUACACUGGGUAUUGGAUGAGCCUGCACUUGCGGCAGCGCGUCUCCCUAAGGAUUUCGCGGGAAUACUCGAUAGCUUGGCUGGUGGAGGCGAGCAACCCACGUCGUGGACGGAGGUCUGUUUAGUGAAGGGAUGCUGCAUCAAGGCAACCGCACAAUCUGUUGCUGGAGACAUUCAUGAGUCAUUGGAGACAUCUGUCUCUCUGGUUCCAUGGCUAAGCGGCGGCAAAUUGACCUCAAUCACCACCCCGCAAUUCCUGAACUGGUCCGAGUCACUUCUGGGUAAUGGUGCUCUUUUGGCUAGUGAUGAAGUGACUAAACAUGCGCCCUAUUCGGAUCAUAGGCAUGCAGAUAUUGCCUUGCAAUUGCUCAGGUCAUGGGCGGCUCAUCCUGUCGUGAAACAGGGAGUCUCUGCUAACAGCCCAUCGAAUGUGGAUGACUUCGCCUCGGCUCCUCGGGCAUCGGUAUGGACUGCUUAUUAUAGGUUCCUCACAGCAGUCCUACAGGGUGGGCUUACAUAUACCGGCCCCAAUGAUGGGCCGGACCGCCCGCAACUUUGCAAUGAAUUGCGUCGCGUAGAGACUAUCUACGAACGCAAUCUUCUCUCUGAGGUCACAUUUCCUACGGCCAGCACCCAAAACUCGCAAGUCGAGGAAUGGGUGGAGCAGGUAAUUAGUAACUGGCAAGUCUUGUGUGGUCCCGAGUGGCAGGAUUCGGAUGUCGGCGAAGGAGGCCAGAAUGCAGUUGGUCGUAAUGUGUUAGAGAUUCUGUACCGGGCAGCAACAAGGACCUACCACUCUCAUUUGGUACUCCGACGUCUCUUUCAUGUUCAUUCUGCUUUGGCAGACUUUGACUUCGCUGUGAAGGCGCUCGAAUCCUAUAUUGAGAUUGUCACUGCAGCCAAAGAAAGAGCAGAGAAGUCUGCUGAGUCCGGCCAGCUGGAAGAUGAUGAAGUAUUGCUACAGACGCUCUCUGAAGGUGUCACAUUAUUGAGCUGCCUUGGCUCGCUGGAAGAGGCAGAGAAGGCCCGAGAUCUGACUGAACUUAUAAGAGAGUAUAUCGACAAGCACAACACGCCUCCCACAAACGGUCUUGUCAAUGGCAAUUCUACCAACUUGCCAAAUAUCCCCCCCUCCGUGUUGGCCUCCUCCUACCGAGCCAUUGGUGUUGGACUUGCCUGCUGGGCAAGCUGGACUCCUGUGAAUGAAUCACGCGAUGAAAUUAGAGCUGAUGCGAUCGAAUACCUGGAAAAGAGUCUUGCUCCAGAGUUGGGAUGUAGCUCCAAUUAUUCCUCGCUUUACACCCUAGGCCUUGUCUUGGCCGAGAGCAGAGACUUGGACACUGCAAUUGACUAUGUCAAGUCAGCUCUGACACCAAGCAGCUCAUCUACUGCCGUAUCUGAUGAUCUUUCCAAAGAACGUGACUUGGUAUCGUUGUGGCAUCUGCUUGCCCUGCUGCUGAGUGCAAAACAAGAGUUCGAGAUUGCUGGGCGUUCAUGUGAGGCUGCAUUCGAGCAGUUUCCCAAAGAGUUGUUCUCGAAGGGUCGCGAACGGCGUUCAUCAAAGAACCCCAACCAGCGCCCCAUUGUCAGCAGAUUGCAAGGUAGAGAAAAAGAACGCAUCGUCCAAACUCGCAUUACCCAGCUUGCAUUUAUCGAGCUCCUGGAAGGACCUGAAGCUGCUGUCAACCACAGCACACAAUUAUUGAGUCUUUUUGGCACUCUUUUUAAGGAUCUGGACCUCGAGGCUGGGGAGAACAAAUCCAAGGCAGACCACUUAGUACCACCAAAGAGCUCUGCCGGAACUAUCAGGAGCUUCCGUGGAAGCAUUUUCGGCCGAAAUAGAACGAGCCAGUUGCCAGAUCGCCGUGCUGAUCAGAGUAGUGGUUCUGAUUCCGCCAUUCCGCCCACCCCAGCUAUUCCCAACGGUCAUAUGACGGAUGCCCCGUCAAUCCAAGUCACGGACGAAGAUCCUCACAGUCGUCAGCCAACGGUCGGGAGGGCAGACUCUAAGAAACUGAAAAAGCGAACUUUAAGCUUUCAUAAAAACGAGAGACCGCGCGUUGAAGAGCCUCCACUUCCUAUUGAGGGUGAAACAUCUGCAGACAUGGUCGGCAUUGCAUUUUCUGGCAACACAUCAACAGAGUCCGCGAUCCGUCCUAACAAAGGCAAACAGCCAUUGCCGGCGAUGGCACACAAUAUGAACUAUAAACAAGAGCCUCUCCCUAUCGGCCAUGAGGAACAACCCCCUAAGCAGGAUGUCCGGCUCCCAAUCGGCUACCGUUUCGAUUCUCCCACAAGCGCCGUUAUGAAGUAUCCUCUAGUUCAAUCCCAGAAGCACGCCUUAGGUCUUCUCGUCAAAAUCUGGCUUGUUAUCGCGGGUCUUUAUCGCCGAGCUUCCCUGUUCGAAGAUGCCCGCGAGUCGUGUCAAGAAGCUUCGAAACAAGCCGCGCGAGUGGAAGCACUCGUUGCAUCAGAAGAAUCCUCCGCUCGAUCUUUUAGCAAGCGCGGCUGGGGUGCCUCCAAGAGCUCUGAGGAGCUUUGGGCUGAUGUUUACGCGGAGCAAGGUCUUUUGUCCCAAGCUCGAUCGAGGCCCCAUGAAGCCAUUAGGCACUUUGAGGAAGCGCUGCUGCGCUACCAAGACCACCCAACGGCGACUAUUGGACUUGCCAAUCUUCUCUUGGACAUUUGGGACCAGAAAUUAACCCCAGAGCCAGCGAAUGCCGACGUGGAUCUUAACGUCGCACGUCUGUCAUUGCUGGCGGAGACCCCCAGCCCCAAGUCUGCGCAGGCCAUCUCGACCGACGAUCUCAAGGUAUCAAGCGAGACCGAUAAUGCGGGUCACGAAGAAGUUUCUUUAUCCGCACAAGAUGUCGAGCCUAAGCAACUGCACCGUCUCGCGGCCCGCGAUCGCGCCUAUGGGCUUCUUUCUGCGUUGACAAAGCUCGGAAGCUCCUGGGACAACUCUGAGGCAUGGUAUGCGUUGUCGAGAGUGUACGAGGCUGGUGAGCAGGUCGAAAAGCUGAAAGAAGUUCUUUGGUGGUGCAUUGAACUGGAGGAUCGAAGGCCAAUUCGGCACUGGUCCAAUAUCGGCUCCGGUGUCUAUGUCCUAUAA